UUAACUGGAAUAUAUUACAUGCCACUGGAAUGCUCCUGUUCUGUGGCUCCAUGUCCCCAGAUAACUGUACAUUAAAGGCUGUUGAAUACAGAACCAGACAAUUGAACAGUAAUAAAUGGAAAAGCUGUAUCAAUGGGUUACAGCUGUUAACAAGCAUCCGACCCAGAACCUACAGGAACUGAAGAUCCAUCUUCAAGCAACACUUGGGAGAAAAACCAAAAUCAGCAACUUCCAGGUGCUUGUUAGUCUCGUGUUUAUUCGUUACAAAAUAUUGUAAGAUGGAAAAGGGUGUCGGUCAUGAAUCAUCCAUUUGGGCAAUGAAAAGAUCAUCUGCUUCUCAUUGAAAAUUAACAUACCGAAAGCUCAGAGGUUGGCGAGCAAUCAUUGAGUCUAUUUCUACUCAGCCAGAGACAUGUAUAAAACAAAACACCUCACGUUGUCAUUUUAGCCUGUUCUGGAGCUUAGCACUAUUUCCCAUAUCUUCCAUGUUCUGAAUAUUGUGUUUAAAAAAAUAGGAGCCGGUCUAGAUCCAGCCGAUUUCCAUGAAAAUGAAUAUUAAAAUACAUGAGUUUUACAGUCACGAAUACAAUGAUCCAGGCUGCCAUUUUGUAAUCGGGUUUUCCUACAGCGGCUGCAAAGGGUUAAUUACCUCUCAGACAUUACUUAUGCCACUCGGUGAUGACCUGGGAUUGAGCAGCAUUGACUGAAUGUUGCUCAGAUAUUGAAAAGGCAAAUUAUCCCUUUGCGAAAUUUAUUGUAACAGCCUUUCAGCAACGCUGCACACAUCCUUUACUUCAUCUGUCAUUGGUGUGAACAGCCUGAAAUCCACUGCAGCAUCUGGUCCUCUAAGGUGGGUGAUGUCAUUGCCCUGUUGCCUUGGCAACAGCAAUUAAGUUAUUCACGGCAGAUAAAAGGAGAGAGCACAAACAGCAAAAAUAACAUCACCAUCUGUCUCUGGAAGGACACAUUUGCCAGACGCUCAGCGACUCAAAGGUAAUUCUUGUCUCCGUGAGCAGCGCAAACAGGUAACUCAGCAUAUUUACAUCAUGCAGUACGUGAAGAAUGGCUGUUCUAAAAAAAAAUGUAGUACCUGCUUCAAGUAAAUGAUUUUGAAGACAAAAAUACAAUGCAUUUGACCAUUACUGGACUUCAGUAAUAAUUAAUGUGCUAAUGUUUUAUACUUCGACUGCCGAUUCGGUGUUCUGUUCCAUAUUUUAUUCACAGUGCUGUUUCUGUUUCGCUCCAUUUGGUUUUUGUUUCGGAUGCAUGCCGUAAGUAUAACAAUUCUCCCACUGACUGCAUUUCUCCUUCCCUGUUCAGGGUUGUCAGCUAUCAUGUUCAAGACGGUUUUGCUGACUCUGGUUGGCUUGGCUGUGGCUUCGGGUCACAGCUCCCAGGACGCAGACCAGGUCACUGAUGCAGACAUCCAGCGGUUGCUGCACGGAGUCAUGGAACAGUUAGGCAUUGCUCGGCCUCGAGUCGAGUACCCGGCUCACCAAGCGACAAACCUGGUUGGGCCACAGAAUAUUGAAGGUGGCGCUCAUGAAGGGUUGCAGCACCUGGGUCCCUAUAGCAACAUUCCCAACAUUGUGGCUGAGCUCACAGGAGAUAAUGUUCCAAAGAAUUUCAAUCAAGAUCAAGGCUACCCAGAUCCACCCAACCCCUGUCCACUGGGGCGAAAAGCUUCUGAUGGAUGCUUGGAACACAUUCCUGACACAGCCAAAUUCAGCAGUGAAUACCAGAGCCAUCAAAACCUGUUUAAUUCAGAGCAUAAAUAUCCGGCAGGAGGGAAAUGGAACAAGAACAUGAUGUAUGGAAAUAUGAAAAGUGCAGCAAGGAGGAGAAAAAGGAGCUUGAAUCCAUACCUGCAAGGGAAGAGACUCGACAACGUUGUUGCCAAGAAGUCAGCUCCUCAUUUCUCUGAAGAGGACAAAAGUGCCAAUGAGUUUAUCAUUAACCAAAUUUAGAGUAUCUCAACUUACUGUGU